AUGGGUACCCCAUCCUCCAUACCCAUAAACCCUAACCCCAGUCCCAGUCCGCCGUUACCUCAGUCGCCCCCGCUGCAAAUGCCGCCAUUGCCGCAAUCGCCACCACCUCAGUCGCCACCACUACCCCCAGACCAAACACCAACCCUCAUUCCGCCAACUCCCCUCUCGCCGCAAACUGAACCGCAAACUGAAACACCAAUUCUCGACCCUCAUUCCCCAGAAACAAUGCCUGAGCCUGCACCUACUCAAACUAAAACCAAAGGCAAAAAUCAAAAAGCUGCAGGUAGACCCAAGAAAACCCCUGUCGGAAAACGGAAACGAGUACCCUCUGUUCCUUUCGACCUAAAUUCUCCACCCCAACCUUCCUCUGAACCAGUCAACAAAAGGACUAGGUCCUCCUCGCAAACUCCAGCACCAGCAGUCCAAACACCUAUAUCUCAGUCACCUUUACACUCUCCAGCAGCACCUGCGUCAUCUGCUAAUGACCUAGAGGAGGAUUCGAGGUAUAAAAAUAUUGAGUGGCAGCAAACUGUUUAUGACCCUGUUCAAUUUUGGAAAGAUAUUGCACCUUUUAGGGGUUAUUAUAGACAGAGGACUGCAAAAGCAUCUAGGAUAGUCGAUCAUGUGUUGAAAUACCUCCAUAGCUUUGAUGCUAGUCUAUAUAAGCUGCUGCCAGUUUCUAGUGAAUCAUAUAUAGACAGCACAAUGUUGCUGCACAUGGAUGUUUGUGAGAAAGUAGGCCACACUUAUACUCUGUUACAGCAGCAUCCUGAAGCCACUGGUACAGCAGACCCCACUACCUUUGCACCAGCAGAACCCCAACCAACCACUACACCAUAA